AUGGACACUAUUAAAUAUGAAAACGAGGAAAUAAUUGAGGUGAUAAAUAGUGAGGCUGAGACUGAAUCACCAUCUUUCAGUGAAGAAUCAGAAUCAAGUUACCAAUAUUCAAGACAAACUGGUUCACAAAUUUGUACUGAUGAUUAUCCUGGACAAUUUGAUUUUGAUUUUUUAUUAAAUGUUACAGAAAUUUCUAAAAAGCAUUGGAUGUAUUCUGCAUCUUUGAAUAAAGUAUACAUUGACAUGAAUCGAGUACUGCCUAUUCAGUUUCAAUGGCGGUUUAAUGAUAUUGCAUUAUUAGGAAUAAAAAAUGUUCAAAUACGUGCUUUACCAAUUUUUGCGAAUUCUGAAUUUCAACAGUUGCCCAUCAAACGUUGCCCUAUACAUAUUAUGCAGGAUAAAUUUUGUGAUAGAAAUAAAAUAGAACAUAUACUUUGGUGUGAACAAAUUGAUGCAGUUUAUGAACAAAAUCACAUAAGUCAAAGGCAUAGUGUUGUUGCCAUUGUUCAUAAUUUUGUACCUUGUUCAGAUUUUAAAACUUAUAAUGUGCUAUAUAAAUUUAUGUGCAAAUCUAGUUGUAGUAUGAGUCUUUGCCGAAGACCCAUUUAUGUAAUUUUUACUUUAGAAACUUUAAAUGGACAA